GGGAAGGAGUUUUUUCGUUUUCUCAUAUUUAUUCAAAUAACCCCAAAAAAUGCCUACAUUGACAAACGGAAGAUCCGUGAUGGAUAGGAUGAUGUGUCGCAUGCCCAAUUGCAGCAGCAUGCUGCGUCGUCUUCCAGUCACGCUGCUUUGUUGUUUCUCCCUUCUGCAGAGCCAGUUAGACGCGGUGGGGGCGGUGCAGCUCCAGCUCGGCGCGACGGGAACGAGUGCAGCCGCAGCUUCCUCGUCUUCCCCGCUGCUGACCGGCCGCGUGCCAAAGCUCGCCAAGGAGAUCUUCACACUGCUCCAGCAGGACGAAUGGACGAUGACGUCGGUGACAGGGUCCCACCACAAGUUUCUGAAGGGGAGUUGGAGCCUGAUUGUGGCCGUGCACGGCGCGGGCGAAGUGAGCCCGCUGCUGCGGCAGCUUAUCCAGCAGCAGCUAAUUUUGGCGGACAACUACAACUACGAUUGGGGCGCUUACCUGAAAGCGCGCCAGAGUGGAAACGUGUACAUGCGCACAACACGAGGCCGGACCAGCGCUGCUACCGGUACUUCUCUCCCCGCGGGAGCUUCCACCGGCGUUCCGUCCGCGCCGGCGGCGCGAGGGGGUCAACCUGUCAUGGAGCAGGGCGGUCAAUUGCUGUUGCCCCACUCCGCCGGCGAACGUGCGUCUGCGCAAGAAAGCGCCCGUGAGCGGCAGGAGAGGAGGCAGGCUGUGUUGCAAGAGCAGUUGGAUUUCGCGUGGUAUCUCCUCUCGCAACAAGAGUACCGGCUCGCGAACUACUUGCUGGUCACGUACCUGCAAAAGCCAGACUCCUCCAAUAUCAACUGCAAAUAUGUCUGCUGUGUCCGGCAAUGAGAAUUUGUAUACGCUAUGCGGUACAAAAUAAAUGUAUGACCGGGCAGCCGUGGUCUUGCGAGCCUGUGAGUCAAGGCCGACCGCUGGUCGGUCGAUAUUUUAUGGGCGUGGCCAACGCGUCCAUUCUAUUACGGUAUCCAAAGCCUGAGAAGCUUGACAUGAAGAUAAUCGGGGGGCGCCAUUUCGCGCUUUUCUCCCCUGUUUUGUCUGUGUCUCGCUGGGUUUUCAGGGUCUUGCGCCCCUGCCGAUGGUAGCUGUGAGUUAUUCUGAGUCUUAUGAGUUUUCUGAGUCCCCGGUGAGACAGGCCGACACGAGGUCGGCCUGGUUGGGUUGCGAUUUUCCUAUCCUAGUGAGACAGGCUGGCACGAGGUCCGCCUGGCUAGGUUUUGCGCGCGAUUUCCCGGUGAGACAGGCGGGCGAGAGGUCCGUCUGGCCGGAAGCUUUAUUUCUUUUCCCUAGCGAUGAGCGCUAGUAAGUCGGGUGAUAUUCCCCUGUUGCGGUAUCUCGUUAUAUUUCCCACCUUGAUUUUUCGGCGGCGGAGUGGAGUUUUCUGGCUACGCUGGUCGCGGUUUCUCCAUCUCGGACUUUCUCGGCCUUGUGGCACUGGCGGUUUGAACCCGUUAAACCUAAAGGAGGGAGGGGGCGAGAUGGAAGGGCUGGGCAUCUUCGGGCGGCUUAUUGGGGAGAUUUUUCGUUGGCCGCUCUUUGGCUUUGUUGUCGGUGUCCAGCGCCAUGGGCCGAGAUCUUUCUGUGAUGGAGGAACCACGAUCAGCGUGGGCAAAUUCCCUCUCGCUCUCUUGAUCUUCGACGCCAUGAGAAUGUGGCAAGCUCUGAGAGAAUUUUCGCUCUGAUCUUGGAAAUCCGCGCUCUUUAUUCCGAUGUCUUAUCCUUGACGAAAAUCUCCGAUCCUCACCACGGGUUCUUGCAAGUUCCUACCAAUGUUUCUGGUACGAGGGCCGGAUCAAAAUGAUUUCGCUUGGUCGAGGAAUAGUAGGAUGCUUUACGCCUGGGGGAUCCCUCGCUGUCGCUUUCCGUUUUCCAUUCUUCCAGGGACACAUAGGGCCGUCUGUGGUCUUUGUAUAUAUUGAGCUUCUUCGAUAGCAUUUUUCUAUCUGCUUGCUACCUUUCUUUCCAAAAUGUAUGGCCGGCGAGGAAGAGAUUAUUGAGCAGCCGGCUGCCCAGGUGGGGCAGGGUGGGAACCAGGGCGCUGCUCUUUUGGCUAGCUUUGGGGACCUCCUGCAGAAGACGAUCAAGACUGCUGCAGACGAGGAGCAAGUCGUCGAGGCAGUUGUGAAGCAGAAGGGUCUCGCGUCGCUGGUAGUGGCGACAGUGGUUGUCUUUGCGAAGUAUAUGCGGGUGCUGAAGAAUCGCGAGGCUGAGACCCUCACCUUCAAAAGCUUGAGAGAAGUUGUGCAGUUUGCUGCCGCGUGCUUAGUCGUGUCCGGGAAGCAGGUUGAGCAUGCCAACCGCUGGGGCCUCAAUCUUUUCGUGAAGUACUGCGCGGACCCGUUUGCGGUUUCGGAUAUCAAUGAGAUUUUUGGGGACAUGAAGGACCUGAUGGGUGAAGAUGAGUAUGAAGAUGUUGCCCCUGCGCAGGUUGGGGAGGCGCAAAACGCCCCCAAGCUGGAAACUUUGCCGGAGUAUGCCUACAAGGUGUGGACCUUUAUGAACUCGCUGCUUUUUGUCCAGUUGGAUGCGGUUCGCCGCGCCCGCGCGGCGGGCAAGAAGAACAAGGGCGGCGAAGAUGAUGGGCCCGCAGCGAAGCGUGCCCGCGGGUCGGGCUCCCCUGGGGUCUGCGCGAAGUUUUUGAAGGACGGGCAUUGUAAGUUCGGCAGCGGUUGCCGUUUCAGCCACGACGCCCCGGAGUCCGAAGAUUUUACUCGCCAAACCGUCGAGCGCAUGGGAUGGACGGGGUUCGAUGUGGCGGAGUCUUGGAAAAUCCACGAAGCAAAGGCCAAGAAGUGAGCGGGCCGGCUUUGGCUCAGUUUUUCCCGUUCCGCUGUCGGGGUGGUCUUGUCUUCUUCUGGGCGCCUGUCUGGGGGUCUUCGGUUUGCUUUGUGCCUUGAGCUUAGAUCGUAUUUUACUUCUAUGUGGACCAUGAGUAGCUCUAGAAUUGCAAUGCGUGUUUUUGCUAUCGAAGUCGCGAUGUAGGUAUUUUUCUCCGGGGGUCUCUUGACUGCCCGGCCAUCCAGUGCGGUCUGCUUUUAUGACCGGAAGUGUUCUGAACCAACAUCGGUCGUGCUUUCUUUCUCUUGGUGCUUCAUUUUAUGCCCCUCUUCUCGUCGGUGUCGCCACUCCGCUCUCGCUUUGGGGCGCUGGUGGUUCCCCAAAUUCAUCUCCAGUACUGCGUCUGUAGGGUUCUUCGGGGUUGCUUCGGUGCGUUGCGUCUCCGCCGGUGGGGGUUGGCUCUCCAUGCGUUAGCGGGCGCCUUUACCUCCUGUUCUCCGGAGGAGAAAUCUCCAAUGACGAUCAUCCCAUAGGGUGAUCCGUCCGUGCAGUUUGGGAAUGUGCAUAAAAUGUAUGACCGGGCAGCCGUGGUCUUGCGAGCCUGUGAGUCAAGGCCGACCGCUGGUCGGUCGAUAUUUUAUGGGCGUGGCCAACGCGUCCAUUCUAUUACGGUAUCCAAAGCCUGAGAAGCUUGACAUGAAGAUAAUCGGGGGGCGCCAUUUCGCGCUUUUCCCACCCACCCGCCCCGGGGCACUUUUUCUUUUUUGCAACGGAAGGAUCGCGAGGUCUCGCGCCACUCUGACUCUGAUUUCAGGGUGUGACAGAGACCCACACUACGUCUUCUGGAUCGGGGGGUUGGCUCUCCAUGCGUUAGCGGGCGCCUUUACCUCCUGUUCUCCGGAGGAGAAAUCUCCAAUGACGAUCAUCCCAUAGGGUGAUCCGUCCGUGCAGUUUGGGAAUGUGCAUAAAAUUGCAAUAAUGUUCCACAACCAACAUGCAUGAGAAAAAAUUACUAUUUGAGCGGUUACGUUUGUGGCAUGCCGAGUUGCAAACUGCGCCGUUGCAACAUGACGAGCUUGAACGCGGCCUUUUCGUGGCCACGCACGACAUUUUUGCAAUGCAUAUCCAAGGCAAGGAAGCAAAACGCGUUUCUGGAACCUGUGCCAAAGCUGCUGGAAGUCAAACAGCCACGGCCCCAAGAACAAGGUAAACUUUUGUUCGCUUAUGUUGCGGUGCUAGCCGCAGAGGUUCGACGGACCGAGGAAGCGGUCGACGCCGAGGACUCCGGCGCGGCUGAAUGGCGGAACCCGCUCCGCCAAUUGCACCUCCCACUGCUGAGCGACGCGCAGCUGGCGGUGAAGGAUUCGUACCUCAUCGAGUCUCUGCGAGGCCAGGUUUUGCUGUACGGCUAUUGGAUCCUGAAUCCCCUGCAGUUUGCAGAGGAAUAUGACCGGAAAGAAGACGGAUCCUAUGGUCGGAAAGAAGACGGGUCCUAUUCUUGUUCCUUUCGCGCGAAAGUGGCGGAAACCACGCAGACAGACAUGGAGGAACGCCUGCAUUUCCUGUGGACCGAGAUGCAAGAAAUUGCUAACGCUCCCACGACGGCACCGGUUCCUGGUCGGCAGUUGCAGGUCGGCCCCCCAUCUGCCCUCACGUCUGCAGCAGCCGCACCCUCGGGAAAGAAAGGACGCAGAAGUCGGUCCGGCAGCUCACGAAGGUCGUUGGCCUCCAGGAGUAGUACCUCCCCGGAUGGAAAGCUGAUAGCAGAUCACGCGACGAUUUCCGGGGUUGCUGCUGGCUUUCAGGGAGGCUCUGCUCGGAGCCAAUCAUCGGGCAGUGACGUCAGCGAAGGAGCGCGUAGUGGGAAGACCACAAGUGGUAGACGGAGUAGCUCAAGGAGGAGUAGGUCAAGUGGUAGGAGUAGGAGUAGCUCAAGUAGGCGUCGCUCAAGAAGGAGGAGCAGCUCUCUACCUUCGCGACUUCCCAGCCAGAAGAUGACGAGAGGCGAAGGAAAGAGAGGCCGUGACAGCCUAGGCCGACAUCACGAUUCAGCGGAACAGAGCAAUAUCGCACAGAGCCACACCGAAUCCCUGUUCCCUUGCUUUGUAUAGCUACUUGUGUGCCCAACGCAAAACGAACACGCACACGAACCGAUUUGAUUACCAACGCGGUCAUCUUGUUAGUUGUAAUGUUCUGUGGUCGCAUCGAAGAAGAUGCUGCCCUUUUUUGUAUUUUGUUGUGCUGGUUCUUAGGUUUUCGUUUUUAAUUUUAUUCCUUCAUCUAUCACCAUCAGGAGAAGAACAAGUAGGAGUGUUGGCGCAUUUUGGCGGAAUGCAAUUGCAAGCUCGCAGGGAUAUGGAAGGUUUUCCCCCGGAUUAGUGUCCGACAAGGUGUUGAGAGCAUUGGGUUGGAGGAUGGAGAAGCGGUCUCUGUCUUGGAUAUCAAACUGAAAAGCAUUGUCCCGUCGUCGGAACAGACUAGGCGAGAGACAAGAUGUAGCACGUGGCUGCUAGUAUUAUCUCCAGUGGAAAGAUUCACAAUGUUGCACAUGUUGGCCAUGCGAAUUUUCCGAGGCGAUUCGUAUAUAAUUUUUCUGUAUUGUAACGCCACCAACGAUAGUUGGUCAGUUGUACCUGUGAUCAUGUAAAGGCUGCAGUCUCCUGUCCCUACAUUCUAGAGCAAAAAAGCAACAGUUUUUCCAUGUGUGUCUGUUGUAUGUAGUGAGGUCACCGAACGGUUCUAACCAGGGAGUUUUUUUGACAUAUACCCUGAAAAACGACCGGCAGUUUUCAAGCGGUCGGAAGCGUUUUUUGACAUAAAAAAUUUUCAAUUAUCAAGCAGGCGGGGCUUUGCCAUCAAACAAGCCCGGUCGAAAACUAUCGAUUCGCACUUGAUAAAACGACGCAGGGGAGCCGGCAAAAGGGGCGCCCUUCUGAGGCGCCCAGCGCACCUAUUUCCGCCGCUUUGGGGCUCCCAAAAAGGGGCGCGCAAAAAACGCGCCCAAAAUCAGAACAGCGAAACAGCAUGGCACGGCCGCGGUUUCGGAGCAUUUUGGGCGGCCGCGAAAGCGGCCGCCUUUUCGCCGGUUUCAGAGCCUGGAGAGCUUUGCAAAAAGCGCCGGCGUGAAAAAUAAAAACGCGAAAAAGAAAAAGCGCCCCAGACGCGCAAAGCCAAUCCGCAUGCUAUGGGCCCGAUUUUUCUUCGCUUUUUGGGCGCCCCCCGUGGCACCCGGAUCGGCUCCAUAGCAUGGGGGCUGGCUUUCGGAAAGGAAUUCCGGAGAUUUGCCAAAAUUUGCGAUGUUUAUCGAGCGGCCGCCAUACCGUGCGGCCUAUCGUUAUUCACGGCGGUAUGGCGAGCCCAGAAAAAGCAAAGCCGCGGCCAAGGCGACGGCCGGCAAGAAAACGCCCACGACCUCACUACCCCCGCCCCGGCGGCUAUAUUUGGUAGUGUAAAAAAAGUGCUCCUUUCCAUCUGCAAGGGUCAUGUUGCGUGGACCUUCACUAAGCAGCCCUGAUUUUGGUAGCGCGGUCUAGUGUCCUCUUUGAUUAGUUGAGGCUUCAGUCACUGCAAAUAUCAUGUAUUGCGUGUGAUAAAAUAAUUUAGAAGUUCAUGGCCUGCGCCUCAAGGUCUGGGGGUGGGCGUGGGGCACUUUUUGAUUUGAUAUUCGAACCAGAAGAGAAGAAAUUCUUGUUGGCAAGCAGCUUACGAACCAGCGAACUAGCAAGGAAGUGGUUUGGUCGACUGGUCGAGUUUCUGUCGGUGCUCGAAACAAAACGCGCUGGAGAGUCGGAGGAAGACGCUAAGAACCGUCAACGAGCGAGCGUCCUGAAGAAAGUGGUCGCCUUGUUUCCUCCAGGUGUCCAGGGCUGGGUAGAGCAAAAUUCUGAAGAGAAGGACGACUGCGGGAAAUCGUUCCGGUCCACCCCCAAUUUCGAGGUGUUACUGGGCGUGUUGAGUAGGAGCCUUUGGCAGGACGUCGAGAGUUGUAGUCUUGAAAGGAUACUGCAGCUGGUCAAGAUUCUCACCGCAGUUUGGCUUUCGACGGAGGAUGGACAGAACGUGAUGGCGGCUUUCGAGCAGAGCUUGCAGGCCUUGCUGGCACAGCUCGCAAAGAGGCACGUCGAAGCGUCAAAAGGAUCCAUGUCCCUUCUAGGAGCUCCUCUUACCGAUGCAAGAAGUGCUGGCGCAGUGGCGCCAGGACCGGGCCGAGCCGCAGGUACUUCAUACAUAGAACUGCCACAACUACAAACGAACCAUUGAUAGUGAUCACUCCUGUGUCGCACCAGCAACUGGCAUCUCGUGAAAUUGGUUUCGCAACUAUCACUUUAGUGAAAAGUCCUACAACUUAAUAAGUAUAUCUUGUUCUGAACUCACUUACAUCUUGAUCUUACAGAAAUAUACACCUGCUCCUGUUUCCGGGUGGUGAAUCGAUGGUGAGGCCUUGCUUGGCAUUGCGCACUGGACUACUGAAAUGUUGCAUCCCAUUAGCUAAGAGGGCUUAGACUCGAGAAAUAUUUUGUAGUGGCGGACGCGGAUAAAACCUCGGCCAUAAGUGUAAAAAAAAUCGAGGACAUAGGCACAAGAAGAUCGUUGUGUCAACAAAGGCAACGAAUUUCGCUACAGGUCCUGCCAGCGACGGCGACGUACUACCAGGGCUAGUGCUCUAUCGCAAAUCGCGCAUUCGCAACGUGCUCGAAUACUCCCUGCUCUCGGCACUGCGGGCUUCGUUGGGGAUGCUGGUUCUCGCUACAUUUUCGGUUGAAAGUAUGACAGGUUUUGACAAGCUCUUCGACACCCGGCGUGCAGUCGAGUCGGUUUUCUCUCAGCGCCUUAAGUUUUUGAUCGAGUUGUGUGCGCCGGGCGCCGGCGUGGGUUCUUCCGAACAGAAGGGUGCAGGAGCAGCCGCAGGGGUGAAGAUCAGCUCCGUGAUCAAAGCCAGUGCUCUGUUGCCGAGGGAUUGGCUAAAAGAGACAGGGUUUCUGCACAGCGUCCCGCAUUAUGAGUGGCAGGCCGCUUUCGCCAACAGUGUUGCGGAUUACUUACAGCAAGUUCCGGGUGCAUUCGCGCUACGGAAAAAGCACUGGGACGCCGUGCUUCGGCCAGCCUUCGACAAAAUUGCGCUGUACAAGCAAUUUCAGCAGUACGUCCUGCAAAGUGAGCCGCUGGCUGGAUUGCUGCCAGCAUGGAGGGCGGGCGUGUUGGGGGAGCAGAAUAAGCAAGCGUGGAGCAGGCGCAUGGAUCCAGCACUCGCGUCAGUGUUCUCCGGCAACCGACCUGGUUCCUUCUUCCUAACUUUCGGAGACAAGUUGGAGUCGUUCUACGAGCUCGAGAAGAAACUCGUCAUGCACAAAGGGGAUCAAUUGGAUUCUAUUGAGAGGAAAAAUCCCCCCUCCCCAUAUUGAAAAGGUAUGUUUCCAAAAAUUUGUGUUGCGGAUUUGAGGUCGCAAAUCACAUCUGUCUUGCAAGAAGACAAGGGGAGAAGCUUCCGCCCCGUUAUGGAAGCGAUUUGUCAUGCUGUUGGGCCUAAAGGAAAGCCGUUUGCCAUGCUGAACUACUAGACCCAUACGCCCCAGCCCCAGCCUGGGGAUCUGGCCGCAGUGCCUCUCUGCAGUACAAAGAUGAUUUGUGGCCACAAAUCAGCAUCACAAAUUUCCGUUUUGAUAUGGGGAGGGGGGAUUUUUCAUUUUGAUAGAUUCGGAAGAAGUUUCCCCCGAAGACCUCAAGAAGGCUUGGACGGAGGGUGGGACAGGGAUGCACCCUGCUCUUACCUUCGUUGUGAAGUCGGCGUUUCCCAACAAAAGCAUGCCCGGCGACGACAGCACGCUGCUCUAUCCGCAAGUUUUACGGACAAACCGACGGUUUGGUGGACUGAUUCUUGGGCCCGUCAUGCGGAACCUCGUGGGGUUCGAGACGGAGAACCUGGCUGCGUGCGGGGAAAGGUGUAUAUCGGAUCUAUUUAUCAAGUGUAAACUAGUUGUAGCACGCGUCAGUCUGAAGAAGGUCCACAGGAAAAUAGCAAUAGUCGGUAGCUCUGAGCACCACAUGACAGUCUUUCUUCAUUUAUGAUUUUUGAUUAAGACAGAAAUUCAAAUCCCACUAGCUUCAAGAAGCGGGGUUGGAGGAAAAUGAGCAUCUUUCUUGCGCCAAGUUGUUUGUCCCGCUAUGAAUCGCGAGGCGAAGAUCGAAAAAACUCCUUCGAUCACGACCGGAAUGAAAACUCCGAGUUUUCAUUCCGGUCGUGAUUGAUGGAGGAUUUUUUGUUGAAGAAACUAGAGUAACAGAAACAGUGAUGAAUUUUUCAUUUUUUUCCUGUGGAUGAUCUUUCUGAUCGCGAUUUGCAAUGCAUACGCCACUUCGUGCAGCUAUUUCUACAUAACAUGGUCAGUCUGUACGCUGGUGGCAGAGACGUUUGGAACCACGACGGCGGAGUGUCUGCCGAUAAGCGCGAGAUCCUGCUCAACCCUGCAAUGACCAUGUUGUUUUCCUACGGAGGUAGUUUUUCGAUGCGCAACGGUGAGCUACGACUUAACAAAUUGACCGAAUGGCGUCGCAAACCAGAGUUUCAAGGGCGACCUGUCGAUCCACUUUCUUGGCAGCAGGAAUAUGAAGCCCGCACUGCCAAUCCGGACCGGGAAUUACUAGGAAACCUGCUUUCAGUCCACGUGCUGGCGAAUCUAGAAGCGGGGCUGCUGUAUGACGAGUUCUACAGCAAGCUUCUGCUGACCACCAUGCCGGUGCGCCGAGGGUCGAGGGACAUAAGCUUUGGUUCGCUUCUAUCAAAUGCAAAAAUGUCUGGGUCCUCUGGAAGGUUGAAACUUGUGAUGCGCAUUUCAGAACACAGAAAAAUCUCUCAUGCAUAGGCAGCAAAAGUUGCCCAUUUUCUGUCACCAAAGUCAGAGAUUUGUCAUGCGGAUUCUGCAUUGCGAACGCUUCUCGAGACCUGUGAUGCUAGAGCUUCCAUGCCAGACCUUCUGUGUCAUGCAAAAGCAGCAUGAUUCUUCCAGACCCAGACAUUUUUGCAUUUGAUAGCUUCCCCUGUGGCAGGGGUCCAUGAUCGGAGGAUCGUUGGACAAGCCUGCGGGACGGGAAGCUUGGCUUGAGGUCACAAUGUUCAAAUUUGUGCUGCACCAGUUCGAAGCCGCUUUCUGGGCGCGGAAGUUGCUGUAUCCAGUGCAGGAGAGCAAAGUAGAGACGGAACUCCUGCGUAGAAGCGGCCUCGCGGCAGUGCUCGCGAGCGUCGUGCAACUGCGGCAAGCGCUCCUGGUCGCGCCGAUCUUUGUUGGCAAUAGCGCGAAUGGCCUCGCGGGUCUGACGGAGUGGAAUUUUGCCUACAUGCAGCAGGCUUACGUCGAAAUGCGGUUCUCGCCAGUGCAAGCAAACUUGCUUCUGUCCGACCCUCAGGCACGGGAGGUGCUUGCGGACCUGCGCGCUUCUGUUUUUUUGCUCCUGCUGCUACAAAAUUUUCAGGAGCAAGCUCAGCUUUCGAACUCGGAAGUCGAGCGAAUGAAGCGGAAAUUCAACGAAGAGGAAACGAUGCAAAGGCCGCAUGAUAGGGCGAAACUCCUAAGCGGUGCAGAAGCCCGGGACAUGAUGGAGGGGAGCGCGCGGAGUUGGCAAUCAGUUUCUGUUUGGAUCGACUCGAAGCCGUGGACGAUGUUCAAGACGGUGCUAAAAAAGCUCCAUUGUGAGAAAGUGCUGCAGAUUCUGGCGAGGAUUGUGGAGCGUAUGACGACGCUACUAGUACCGGAAGACCUGCACAAGGGUGGGAGCGGGGUAGUCGGCGUAGAACAAGAUCCACAAAGGAGUAGUCGCCUGUUGAGUUCCAACAUAACGCCGCUGCAGCUGCGGGGCGCUGUCGAGGCGAUGUUGCGCGAGCCUUGGCAUGAAGAUGACUUCGACUCGACCAAGUUCGUGCUUGAAGAACUGAGGACCCUUGCGGACUUCUUCGUGGAAAACACGGAGGACAAAAAAGGGGUGCGCUUUAAGCACCAGAAUACCUCGAAGGGCGGAUUCGAGCUGCUCAAAAGUUUCUGGAUCCGCGGUCCGGGGCCACAAGGUUUGGAGAGUCUGGGCAAUACACUGUCCGCCUGGCUGUUUCCGUACAAAAUGGCGUUCACUACUGCUUUGGCGGACGUCGACAGGAAGCCUGCGUCUCCACGAGCUCGUGCAGGUGCUUUGCCUGUGGGUCACGUCGGGGUGACUCCUGGUAGUACAAUUGGAGAGGUCGUCUUUGCGCGGGAACAGCAACAGACGCAGCUUGUGCGCGAUGCACUGCAACCUGGCGCCGAACAAACUGGUCUUGGACACACACUGCUCGACUGGCUGUAUGGCCCCGAGCUGGACAACGUUCUUGCGAUUCUCACGGCGGAGGCGAAGGCCGCAAUGAAGUCGGUGCCCCGCGAGGAGCAGCGAGGCAUGCUGGCGCGGAUGACGGACUUUACAGCGCGCGUGAAGGCCAAGCAAGCCGCUCCCCCGGAACAAGCGUUGGAAAUGCCCGCAGCAGUGAUUCUGUUUCUGAAUGUGGUCACCCGCGUCAGGGCUUCGAAGGCGGCCCCCGGCAAAGCAAGCAACGAACGAACGAAGAGAGCGUAUAAUUUUGUCACCAGCGAUCCAGAAUGCGGGAAGCUGCUAGAAGAAAUCACACAAAGGCUGCUGCCGAGGUUGACAACUGCUGCUGACGGGCUUCUGGGUCAUUUAUUCAGGGGGCAAGCUCCACUACCCCCGCGGGAAUACAACGCGGCUGAACUACUGGGCGCGGCCGGCGCUUCCGCUGGCGUUGACACCCGAGAACAAACUCGCCACCAGUCCGAUCUUUUUGUCAAGCACGAGGCGCAACUCUACGACAUUGCGAAGGACGCAAGCGAUCUGCGUAAACACGUACUCAAGCUGCUGUUGCACUUCGAUGCGAAUGUGAUGGCCACGUAUGUGAAUCCGGGGAAGAUGAAGGGGAAGGCCAACGCCCACCACAUUGAACGACUUUGGCCUGACAUUUGCGAAAAGCAGACCAUCGGGGACAAGAACAUAAACUGGGAGAACAUAGUAUCCAGCAGACAUGAAUAAACAGCCCCCGAUCAUCUUCUCUAGCCCUUUGAGCUACUCGAUCUUGUGACGUGCAUUUACUUAUUGAAGAUCACCAGCGCGGCAUGAAUAGGAACUGGCGCCGUCGACUCGUCCCUUUGUCAUGCUAUGCAAGAUGAUGUUAGUUGGUUUUGGUUACGGUUGCACGAGAUUGACGGCAAAGCGGAUGGUUCAUUAUCACUUGCAUAUUGAAGAGUGUAUUUGACGCAGAAGAUCGGUGCUGUUAUUCGUGUUUUUUCUUUCAUCCGCUCCAGUGAAGACUCUUUCGGCCGAGGACGUGGAGGGGCACAACUUUCCCUACGCCGGCUACGGAGAAGUGGUCCCUGCUCUCGAGAAAACCGUUCUUCCGUGGCUGAAGGCGGGCUUUCCGAAAGCAUUCGAGGAGAGCAAAAAAGCGCUCGAGGAAGCUCGCGUGAUGCCGGGGUCAGCGGCGUCGAGUGCGCCGGUCAAGUAG